AUGAAGGUCUUGACUAUAUGUUGCCCAAUUUCGCCCGUAAAUUUGACUCACUUGUUGGGAACGACCGAUUGCUGCCGCAGCAGGUUUUCUAAUUGCCGACUGCUCUGUAUCUCCCUGCAUUUUCUUCCGGCCACCUCUCCGAAAUCUGAAUUCCUUAUCAUCUCUCCAUCUGAAUUUGUGCCCUAAAUCUCUCAUUUUCCCUUCGAAUUGUCCGCAAGAUGUGAAGACUAACCAUAUCAUGUCUGCUCACGACCAAGCAGCCGCUGCAAUCCUUGCCCAAAUUGCUCUUGCUGCUGACGGUGCGGUUCUUGGGCUAGCCCUCGCCUACGUCGCCGUCCGAAGUAUCCUCAAGUUCACCUUCACUUCCUCUGCUCUUCGUCAAAUCAGCAAAGCCCCCUCCCUUCGCGUCGCCGAUCUCCGAACACUGCUCGAUUGCUCCGAGCCUCAUGAUUCCUCUAAUCAGUCCGAUGGGAAACUCGUGGUUGUUCGCGGCGUCGUCGAGGCGAAAUCGGCAGUCGAUGGGAACUGGAAGGGCUUCCGGCCUAACGUUCUGGUCUCUCACGAGUCUGGUGAGAAAGGCGUCGUUUUGCAGACAACUCAGACGUGUAUAUACAAUGAAUGGAGGGGCUUUCUUGGAUGGACUUCUGAUCUGCGUGCUCUAUUUGCAAAAUCUUGGAAAGAGCAAGAAUCUACCUCCUUGAGAAUGGUUCCUUUUGUUCUGGUUGACUCUGAUUGGAGACCACAAGCUGAUUAUGUUGUGGUCAACAUGGAUGGAUCAAGGCAUCCGCUACCUCUUACAACAGUUUUUCAUCAGCUGCAGCCUGUUAAUGCUACUCCUUACACUUUCCUCCAGGCACUUUUUGGUCAUGAAUACCCUGUUGGCUUGCUGGAUGAAGAGAGAAUUCUUCCAUUAGGAAAGGAUAUUAGUGCUGUUGGCAUUUGCAGUUUGAAAAAUGGAAUCCCAGAGAUCAAAUCCUGCAAGGAUCUUCCCUAUUUUCUCGUGGACAUGACUAAGGAUCAGAUGGUAGUAGAGCUUGCCUUUAGGACAAAAAUACUAUUUUGGAGUGGCAUUGUUCUUGGUUCACUAUCAAUUGGCAUCCUUGGCUUUGCAGCUGUAAGGAAUUGGAAUAGAUGGAAAGAGUGGCGCCAUCAGAGGCAGCAACAACAAAGCCGUGCUUCGAGCAAUAAUGUGGAUGUGCAUGUUGAUGAUGACGAGGCUGGAGAUGCCCCAGAUGGAGCAUUGUGUGUGAUCUGCUUGAUGAGGAGAAGACGGUCUGCAUUCGUCCCAUGUGGACAUCUUGUUUGUUGCCAACGCUGUGCCCUAUCUGUUGAACGCGAAGCAGCACCUAAGUGUCCUGUGUGUAGGCAGGCAAUCCGGAACUCUGUUAGAAUAUAUGAUUCUUGAGAAACAGAGUUGGCAACAUGGUUUGGAUUAAGAGUGGUGUGUAGUUUAGUUUCAAGUGCACGAUGUUGAAGUGCAAGUGCAAGUGCAAGCUAUAGAUGGAAUCCUUUGGGUUGUGAAGUUAGCUGGGUGCGGUUUGGUGAGUUUUCUUGUUGGUGUCACAAUUCUGAUGUGAAAGGCAGACAGGGAGCUUUUGUGGGUGGCUCAGGGCUUUGUUUAUUGUGGAUAGACAUUGGAAAAGAAAUUAAAAAUUGGAAUUUUUGCAGA